UGUCUGCAUCGUAACAAACAAUUGCUAGCUUUUGGCCAUACUCGAUAUCUUGUCUUCGCUGUACCCAUUUCCAAUGAACAGCUCGCCUCUCCCGGUGAGGGCCAACGAGAAUGUCCUGUCUAGAAGGGAGAUCGAGGGGAGGAUUGCUGCUGGCCAGUUUAUCAUCAUCCUUGACAGCAAGGUGUUGAAGCUGGAUGCCUGGAUGCCAUAUCACCCCGGGGGACAGUUGGCAAUCAGACACAUGGUGGGAAGAGAUGCGACGGAUGAAGUCAAUGCCCUUCAUUCGAAGGAAACCCGACAGCGCAUGAAUGCAUUCCAGAUCGGAUCCAUCCACGGAAGAUGGACCAACUUCGUGCCACCCAUCCAAGGAGGCCAUUUCAGACACAACAACCCCGAGGAUGAUCAAGACGCAGAUGCCUUGGACUCGGAAGUCUCCAGUGAGCUGAGCUCGCGCCCGCCGUCUCCAGUGUUCGACGUUGGGGAUGCCAGACCUGGAUUAAGACGUCGAAACUCCGCUUCGACGAUCUCCUCUGCCGUCAGCUCGAUUCCUCCAGCAGCUCCCAACCCUGAAGCGCAUUCGUGCGUUCUGGACGCUCGUACACAAAAGGAAAUCCUGCUCGACCAGGACAGCUAUCCGCCUCUUGAUGCGAUACACCAGGACCAUAUCACGCAGAAAUACCGUGCGCUCAACAAGCGUAUCGAAGCAGAAGGACUGUACAACUGCAACUACUUUGCCUAUGCCGUUGAGACACUUCGCUACUCCAUCCUCUUUGGGCUGUUCAUCUUCUGUCUACGCUCCUCGUGCUUUGGGUUCGCCGGUCUGUUCCUCGGGUGUUUCUGGCACCAGCUGGUGUUUACUGCCCAUGAUGCUGGCCAUAUGGGGAUUACACAUGACUUUCAAAAGGACACCUGUAUCGGCAUCAUGAUUGCAGACUUCCUGGGAGGACUGAGCUUGGGCUGGUGGAAACGCAGCCACAAUGUGCACCAUAUCAUGACCAACUCCCCCGAACACGACCCGGAUAUUGAGCUCAUGCCGUUCUUUGCAGUGUCGCACCGCUUCUUCAAGAGCCUCCGCAGCACCUACUACGACCGGGUGAUGGAAUAUGAUGCCGUGUCCAAAUGCGUUGUCAAGUACCAGAAUUAUCUGUACUAUCCGAUUCUGCUAUUCGGUCGAUUCAACCUGUACUAUCUCAGCUGGGAACACAUCAUUCUCGACCUGCUCCGUCCAGGAAAAAAUCGUGCCGUCCGCUGGUUUCCCUGGCUCGAGCUGACCGGACAGCUGUUUUUCUGGUGUUGGUUUGGCUAUGGUGUCUGCUAUCUCAGCAUUCCAACAUGGUUUGAUCGGGUUCUUUUUGUUCUCAUCUCCCAUAUGGUCACUGCCCCGCUGCAUGUCCAGAUCACAUUAUCACACUAUGCCAUGUCGACAGCUGACCUCGGUGUCCAUGAAUCCUUUGCGCAAAAGAUGUUGCGCACAACCAUGGAUGUUGACUGUCCAACCUGGCUGGACUUCUUCCACGGUGGCCUGCAAUUUCAGGCUAUCCAUCACUUAUACCCACGCAUCCCGCGGCACAAUCUACGCAAGACUCAGCAUCUUGUCAGGGAAUUCUGCGAAGACGUACAGAUCCCAUAUGCCGUCUUCACCUUUGUGGAUGGAAACAAAAAGGUCAUUGGCAAGCUGGGGGAUAUCGCCAAGCAAGCAAAGAUUCUAGAGGAGUGCCAGAAGGCAUGUGCUUCACAAGGGGUCUUUUCCGAUCAUCACGCACACUGA